AUGCCGCCUCAAACGAAAGUUCAACGAAGAACCAAUCUCUCAAGAUCAAUUUCAUUGUUGCAAUCGCAACAUUUUUGGUGGUUCGUGGGACAAUGCUCGAUAGUAGUGUGUACUUCCAUACACACCGUUGUCUCGAUAUUUAGCUCGUCACGAACAUUCUAUGACAUCUGCCUCUUCUCAGUGCUCAUAACAUACGCUAUAGUGAUUGGUCAAGUCCAUUUCAAAGGAAAGCGAAUCUCACAAAUUCUUGCCAUAUUCAAGGAUAGAAAUUCUCGUAUCAAAUUUUUCAAGGAUGACAACGUGCACUAUUUCCUACUUGCGACAGUUUUCUAUUUCACUCGCGGCAUUAUUGGUCCCAUAAGUGGAGGUCUUUACCCAUACGCUGUGUAUGGAAUAUUUCAUGCAAUUGGUUAUUUUCAAAAUGAGCUUUUGCCCCUAAUGUCAAUUUCAUUUGAUAGGAAGCAACAAAUUGAUGCUACAUUGACUCAAGCUGGAGCUCUCUACAACGAUAGGGCGAUGUUGGUUGCUUGUACCUCCGAAUUGCGAUUAUUAGUGCUCGAGUUAAUUUCGCUUCCAUUCUCGGUGCUUUAUAUUUUUGGCAACCCCAUGUUUCGCACCACCAAGGUGUUCGUAUCGUUUGCAAUCAUAUUCUUCCUGGUGAUGAGGUACAAUUCCAGCAAACACAUGAAAAUGACCAUUGAAUCUACUGACGCAACAAUACUUCAGUACCUCCGCCAUCCCAUGGUACCGCAGGUGGUGCUCCGAGUUUACGAAUACGGGUUCAAGUACAUGGCAAAACAAUUCGCCAUGAUUGUCUUAUCGCCACUAACCAACGCUAAGGCCAAAGUGAACUGA